ACCAAGAUAACCCAAAACAAACCCUAACUUUCACUCAUUCAUCUCUCUCAAAAAAUCUUCAAUUUCUAAAUUUUUUCUUCACAAACUUGUUCUUGAAAUUGUCCAUUUUCAAAUGGGUGAUCUCAAAAACAUCGAAGUUCCUCCGUUUUUCGUAUGCCCGAUCUCGUUAGAGCUCAUGAAAGACCCGGUAACACUUCCAACAGGAAUCACAUACGAUCGCAAUAGCAUCGAAAAAUGGCUAUACACCAAGAAGAACAACACAUGCCCGGUGACAAAACAAGUCCUUACCGAUCUCGACCUCACCCCUAACCACACGGUUCGUCGGUUGAUCCAAUCUUGGUGCACCCUUAACCCCUCAUCCGGUGUCGAAAGACUCCCCACCCCUCGCUUACCGGCUUCCAAAUCCGACAUCCUCAAACUCCUAAAAGGUUUAAAGCAUCCCAACUUGCAAAUGAAGUGUUUGAAGAGAUUGAAAGAUAUUGUUAUGGAGAGUGAAACUAACAAGAGAUCAAUGGAAGCAGUUGGAGCAGUUAAUUACCUAACUUAUGUGCUACACAAUGAUAAUAAUAACAACACGACGUCGUCUUCACCGUUAGAUGAAGCAAUAACCAUUCUUUACCACAUGCAUUUGUCACAAACCGGACUUCAGGGUUUGCUACUCAAAACCGGCGAGUUCGUAGAGAUGUUAACACGCGUGAUGCAACGCUCGAACAGCUACGAAACACGUACAUACGUUGUCAUGCUGUUGAAGUCAAUCUUUGAGGCUACAGAGAACAUGCAGAUGCAAGUCACAAGAGCGUCAUUAAAGCCGGAUUUCUUUAUAGAGUUGGUCAAAGUUUUGACCGAUCAAAUUUCCCAAAAAGCCACCAAAUCAACGUUGAAACUACUCAUCAAUGUUUGUAAUUCAUCAGGGAAGAAUAGAAUAAGAGCGGCCGAAGCCGAAACUGUUUCGACGUUAAUCGAUAUGUUGUUAAACUCCGACAACGACAAGCGAAUGUCGGAGAUGGUGUUAACGUUGUUGGAUCAGCUUUGUCAGUGUGCUGAGGGGAGAUCUGAGCUGUUGAAACAUGGGGCGGGUUUAGCGGUGGUGUCGAAAAAGAUUUUUAGGGUUUCGCAGGUGGCGAGCGAUAGGGCGGUGAGGAUAGUGCAUUCGGUGGCGAAAUUUUCCGGCAACGGUGGUGUGGUGGCGGAGAUGUUGCAGAUAGGGGUGGUGGGGAAGUUGUGUUUGGUGUUGCAGGUGGAUUGUGGGGGUAAAAUGAAGGAGAAAGCUAUGGAGGUUUUGAAGAUGCAUGCUAGGGUUUGGAAGAAUUCUUCUUGUAUACCAUAUACUUUAAUUUCUUCUUAUCCAUCAUGAAAUGUGGAAUUAGGGUUUUUACUUUUUAGGUUAGAUGAUUUGAUGACAUUUUUUCUUUGUAACUUUGAUUGGCUGAUUGUGUAAAGAUUUAUGAUGGUAUUUUAGUCCUUUAGAAAGAAUGAGGUGACUAAAAUUCUCAUAACUAAUUGUUUUGAGCAAAAUAUUUGUGC